AAAAAACAAUCCAUCUCAUCUGACCAAUAAACUCAUAUGCAUUUGCUGUGCACCCUAGGUUUCUAUGGUGACUAGCCUAUUUCUAGUAUAAAAUAUUCCCUUGGGUGCAAUAGAGAUGAAAUAUGCAAUGUUAGUUUACCAGCCUUUAGUAUACUGUAUAUUUAAUAAAUGUAAUGUCCUGUUAUUUCAACAGCGAAGCUUAAAGUACAAUGUCCAUCACUUAGAUUAUUUUACUUAGCAGUUAGCAGUGAGGUUGUGAACCACAAAAUCAGUGUUGGUAAUAAGGUUUGAUGUGGCGCUUGUUCAUGGCACCACACUACAAUCUCUCUUUAGAUUAUGCAAUCGUAAUCCUUAUUAGGAUUUGGCUAAAACUGCCAUGGCAACGAAAGAGACUGAAUGGGAAGUGGCUUUGCAGUGGGGGAAUUCCUCAAUUAAAUUAAAAUAGGCUACCAAGCAUACCGUUUUUUUGUUCACUUUGGGGUAGGAUUGUCCUUGUGCGUAGCGAUGCUGUCUCGACUCAACCAUUGCCGUGGUUGGAGAAUGUGUGUCCAGGGAAUAACGGGAACGGUGAUUCGCUAAAGCGUCUAUUUGGCAGGUUGUAUGUAGCCUAUUAUCUGGGAAGCAGGCUGGAGUAUAUGGAGCAGGGUGACAGCCGGCGCCUCUCCAACUAUACACAGAUACCAAAAUAGGACAGCGGUGUGCUGCAAAGGUCCUGAGAGCUAAUUUGAGGUUAGUGUCUGCGAGCGCCUGUUUCAGUCCAGAAAGCGCAAUUCAUGCCAUUAGACGGUGGAAAGCCACUAUGUCAGACAAAGGAAAAGGAAGCUACAUUUAUGACUUUUGUGACGUCGCCCAUCCAAAUGAACUAUUGGAUGCUCUGAGAGAGUUCUACCUAGGUGGCAUAUUCACCGACAUCACCCUACAAUGUGCCACGGGACAGGUAUUUUACUGUCACAAGGCAGCAUUGUCAGCCCGCAGCUCUUAUUUCAAAGUCAUGUUCACAGCCGACAUGAAAGAGCGGUCAAACAACCUCAUCAAACUGACAGGGAUUGAUUAUGACGUUCUGAGUGCUUUGGUGAACUACGUAUACACUUCCAGGGUGAACAUCACUGAGACAAAUGUACAGAGCCUGCUGGAGGCAGCAGACCUCUUACAGUUCAGCUCAGUGAAGAAGGCUUGCGAAGACUUCCUUAUACGCUUCCUGGAUGUGGACAACUGCCUGGGUAUGCACUCUUUUGCUGAGCUGCACAUCUGCCCUGAGCUGGAGCGGGAGGCACGAAGGGUAAUGCUCAGCAGGUUUGAGGAACUUCUACAGCAGGAGGAAUUCUUGGAGGUGGACUACGACAAGCUGAGUUCCGUCAUGUCUCUUAAGAACAUCAACGUAUGGAAGGAUGAAGUUCUCUUGGAUGCGGUGGUCAAAUGGGUCACCUAUGACAUUGUUAACCGUAUUGAUCACGUUCAGGGCCUACUCUGUUGUGUCCAUCUUGAGCUGGAUGAGGUGCACUUCAAGACUGCCCUGGAUGGACAGAGGCAAUGCUUACUGGGCAAUGAGGGAAAAGUAAGGUCAUUGAUUAUCAACGCUUUGAAGUCCAACUGCAAAGAGACUUCAGCGAGCAGAAAGAAACUGUCCUCAAGCAUGUAUGUUAUUGGAGGGUACUACUGGCAUCCGCUCUGUGAAGUCCACAUAUGGGAUCCAAUAAGCAACACAUGGGUGCAAGGAAAAGAUAUGCCUGACCAGACAAGAGAGAGCUAUAGUGUAUCUUUACUGGGGGCAAAUAUUUAUGUGACUGGGGGUUAUAUGACUGAGACUAUUGAAGCCCUGGACACAGUUUGGAUUUAUAAUGGUGAUUGUGAUGAGUGGACUGAGGGAUGCCCCAUGAUCACUGCCAGAUACUACCACUGUUCUGUGGCUUUACACGGCUGUAUCUAUGCCAUAGGAGGGUACAGAGGGGGAGCUAUACAACUUGACACUGAAUUCUAUGACCCCUUAAAAAAGAAAUGGUUCCCUACAGCCAACAUGAUACAAGGUGUAGGAAAUGCCACUGCGUGUGUCAUGAAUGACACAAUCUAUGUGACCGGUGGCCACUAUGGAUCCAGAGGAAGCAGCACCUAUGAAAAAGUUCAGGCCUACAGGCCAGACAUAAAUGAGUGGAACAUUGUAACAAUCAGUCCUCAUCCAGAGUAUGGCCUGUGCUCUGUUUCUCUGAACAACAAGCUGUACUUGGUGGGAGGACAGACUACAAUCACAGACUGCUACGAUCCAGAGAGAGAUGAGUGGAGGCAGUUGUCAGUGAUGAAGGAGAGGAGGAUGGAGUGUGGUGCUGUAGUGAUCAAUGGCUGCAUCUAUGUGACCGGGGGAUAUUCCUAUUCAAAGGGGACGUAUCUGCAGAGCAUUGAGAAGUAUGACCCAGAGCUGGACACCUGGGAGGUUGUGGGAAGCCUCCCCAGCCCAGCAAGAACACACGGAUGCAUUUGCAUUUACAGUGUGUAGUGUCUUUUAAUGUACUUUUACAACAAACAUCCACUGAAUCCCAUGGAUGCAGUUCCUUCGUGCCAUACGGCCCGUGAGUGGUCGGGGCUGUGUAUGUGUGACAGGUGCUAAGAAUCUUUUUACAAAAAGUUACAUUAUUUAUAAUAUCUUUUAUACCCAGUUGCCCAAAAAUGAAUGUUCAGUGGCAAAUGAUUGCUGCUGGUUUAAUAUUACAAAAAGAGCACAUCAUUUUCAAUCCACUUACAUCUAACACUGGUUCUCAUGCACUUAACAUUACCAGUUGUGUAAUUUUGGCUUAGACAGGUUAACUUGGUAGAGCUCUACAUAUGCACGCAGUUUUUAGACAAAUCUCUACAUUUGAAGCACAAAUGUCAUCAACCAUACAUCUGAAUCUUGGGGUUUGGAGGAUGCACAAUUAUUCCGGUUUCCUUUGUUUAGACCUCUGAUUCUGAAUGUAAAAAGAAUGAACUACAACAGCUGUCGGUAAAAACCAAACUGAUGAUUAUGAAUGCAAAGAUGUAUAGGCAGAAGCAGACCACUGCCUAAACAUUGCAACAGUCUGGGGUUGUUUGAUUCAGUGUGCACCUGAUUUUACUUGAUAAAUGUAACUUUAAAGAUGCAA